AUGGUGCCUCCCUUGCAUCGCUCGCCCCUCUGCUCACCCUCUGCCCGCCCCUUUUCCGUGCCCUCAGCUGGCCCAGCCCCUGCCCGUUGCUGCCCCUCCCGUUGCCCGCUCAACUCCCCUGCUCCCCGUACACCCCAGUCCCAUCCAACCGCCCCCACCCUCCCCCGGCUGCCCGUUUCCGCUCUCCACCCCCGCGACCGUGUGCGGCUUCCAACCGCCCAACGGUGUCACACCCCCUGCCCCCUCAUGCCAUCCGCUCCCCCCCGCCCCCACCCUCCGCGUGCCCGCUCCCUUGCCGCCUCUUUUGACCCUCCCUGCCCCCCUCGCCGUUUCCCACCACCCGCCAUUCGCUCCUCCCCGCCCGUGCGCUCCCCUCGUUUACCUUCUCCUCCCCCCUCCCCUCCUCUGCUGCACGCCUCUUCCUUCCCCUCGCCGACCCACUCCACUCCCUGCCCCUCCUCAAUCCGCACCCUGCCCCUCGUAUCUCGCCCCCCUAUGCUUGGUUUCUCCCCUCCCUGCCCCUCGCCGCCUUUCUCCGCUCCCCACCUCCCCUCUCUCCCUGCCCCUCCACUCUCCCCCCCUUGCCCUUGGCUUCCUACCUCCCUGCCCCACCUUUUCCCCCUCCGUGUGCUCAGCUUCUCCCCUCCCUGCCCCUCCCUCCUCCCUGCCCUGCCCCUCAUUUUCCGCCCCCCCACGCCCGGUUUCUCCCCUCCCCGCGCCUCCCUUUCUUUCUCCGUGCCUCUCCUUUGCUCCCUCCCUGCCCCCGCCUGCCUAUGCCCCUGUCUUUGGCUUCUCCCCUCCCUGCCCCACCCUCUUCCCUCCCUGCCCCUCCCCUCCUCCCCCCCUGCCCUUUGCGUUCCCCUCGUUAUGCUCCCUUCUCCCCAUCCCUGCUGCCCUCUUGCCACCAUCAGCCCAUCCGCACCACCAGCCCCCCUCCCACCCUUCUCUCCCCCCCUCCCUUUCCCUCUCUCUCUCUCUCUCUCUCUUUCUCACACACACACGCACACUCCCCUCCCCCACCCCCCACCCACGUCCUCCCAUUCCGCCCCUCCCUGCCCCUUUCCCACCCCCUCGCACGCCCCUCACCUCCCACCUCCGUGCAACUGGUUUCCCCCCUAUGGUGCCUCCCUUGCAUCGCUCGCCCCUCUGCUCACCCUCUGCCCGCCCCUUUUCCGUGCCCUCAGCUGGCCCAGCCCCUGCCCGUUGCUGCCCCUCCCCUUGCCCCCUCAACUCCCCUGCCCCCCGUACACCCCAGUCCCAUCCAACCGCCCCCACCCUCCCCCGGCUGCCCGUUUCCGCUCUCCACCCCCGCGACCGUGUGCGGCUUCCAACCGCCCAACGGUGGUGCGCACGGGGCGUUUCUUCGCACGGGCAAGCCUCCCCGGGGGGCCCCCACCCCGCUGA